AUGACAGAUUCUUGGUUCGAUGAUUGGGAUCCAGAAACCCUCUACUUAAAAGAUGUUGAAAAUGUGGAUAAGGCUGCCGAUAAAUCUCCUUGGCUAGAUAGUGCAAAGGGUAUCGUUUGUGGUCCUACCUUACGUCUUAAGGAGAUUCUUUAUUCCAGAGAUGGUACUCAAGGUACUUACAAAGGUUCGAUGUUAAUCAUCACGAAAAACCAGCAGGAAUCCCCUGUAGUAGAAUAUUCCAUGGGUCUAGCUCCAUUUACGAACCGUUCCAAGGAAAAUAUUUUAAAAGAACAAGAAUUAAAUGAUUCAAUGCAAUUAGAACAAGGCUUCUUCAAACCAACUAUGUUCCAUAAAGAUACAUUAUCUCAAUUCAACAAUGAUAUGUUUUAUUUCCAUAGAUAUAAUAUCGAACUUCCAUUGGCUAAGGAUGAAUCAAUGAUUAAAUAUUCCAUUGAUAACAAGACUGAAGGUUUCUAUAGAUUUUUUGUUCCAGGUUUAAAUCAAAAUUGUAAUAGUAUUGCUUACUCAUGUAAUGGGUUUUCUUUGAAAGUUAACACAACAACUUUUAAAGGUUCCCUAUGGCUUGAUAUUUUAAGAAAACAUAGUGGAUUACACUACCAUUGUAUGAUGGGUGGUGGGGAUCAAAUCUAUUCCGAUCAAAUUACUUUACGUUGUGCUAAAGUUAAACAAUGGUUAGACAUCAAAGAUCCAAUAAAAAGACAUAAGAUGAAAGUGGAUAAGGAGUUCAUGACUGAAUUAGAUGAAUUCUAUUUAAAAGAAUAUAUCGAUUGGUAUGGGUAUGGUUAUUGGAAAGGUGGUACUACUGAUUCAAAUACUACUCAACGUUGUUUCCCAAAAGCAAUGUCUACUAUCCCACAUAUCAAUAUUUGGGAUGAUCAUGAUAUUAUUGAUGGGUUUGGUUCUUACGACGAUAAAUUCAUGGGAACCGAGGUUUUUAGUUCUAUUGGUCAAAGUGCCUUCCGUUAUUAUAUGUUAUUCCAACAUCAUGUCUCUUCAUUCCCAGAGGAUAAAGAUCAAGCAGAAUAUUUAAAUUCCAACCAUUGGAUUUUGGGGAAAAAUCCAGGUCCUUAUACCAAGGAAAAAAAUCAUACAGUUUAUACGUCAUUAGGUCCAAAUAUGGCCAUGUUGGGUUUGGAUUGUAGAACUGAACGUAAAUUGAAAGAAAUCGUUAGCCAUGAUUCUUAUGCUAUCGUAUUCAAACGUUUAUACGAGGAAGCUGAAAAAUCAAAAGGUAAAUUAAACCAUUUGAUGGUCAUGUUAGGGGUUCCUAUUGCUUAUCCAAGAUUAGUUUGGUUAGAAUGGUUAUUCACUUCUAAAUUAUUAGCCCCAAUUAAAUACCUAAGUAAGAAGGGGAUUGUUGCAAGAGGUUUAGUCAACGAUUUCAAUGGUGAUGUAGAAUUAUUGGACGAUUUAAAUGAUCAUUGGUGUGCAAGACAUCAUAAAGCUGAAAGAAAUUAUUUAUUAUCAAAAUUGCAAGAUUAUUCCGCUAAAUUCGGGGUUAGAGUCACCAUCUUAUCAGGUGAUGUCCAUUUAGCUUCUUUGGGUAGAUUUUACUCAAAGGAAAAAGUAGAACCUGAAUUGGAUCCAAGGUUAGUUUUUAAUGUUAUCUCUUCUGCUGUUGUUAAUACUCCACCUCCAGAUGCUAUGCCUAAACUAUUACAACAAAGAGCCAAGAGAGGUCAUAGGUUAGAUCAUCAAACUUUAGAGGAUUCUGUAGCUUUAUUUAAAACUGAUGUUAACAAGAGUAAAACAUUAAGGCCUGCUUCUGGAUUUUAUAAUCGUCGUAAUUGGUCAGAAGUGGUUCCAAUUGAAAACGCUUUGAAUUCAACAGGUUGGUUAAAUAAACAGAACGAAACAGAUAAGAAACAAUGGGAAAUCGGUAGUGAAAUUAUUCCAGGUGAUAAUGAGAGAGGCCAAUCAUAUAAGAUUGAAAAUGAUGGUGUUGCAGUUACUAUCCACGUCGAAAAGGAUUAUAAUGAUUUACGUUCUAAUUCUAGAGCAUAUUCUUUCCCUAUUCCUGGUUUGCAUGUUCAUGAAAAAACACUCGAUCAUAAGGGAUUGAAACAUAGAGGUGAGUUUUAA